AUGCGGACGAUUGACUGUGAGUUCUCUCACUUCGCGGUGCAUCCCGGCCACGGCCGCCGCUACGUGCCCUUUGCGUUUCUGUCGACGAAGCCCGUCCUGACGUUUGCCCGCCCCAAGUGCUUCGCCAUGUACAUGCGCAAGAAGAACCCUCGCUUUGUCCCGUGGACACGCACAUACCGUCGCAUUCAUCGCAAGCUGAAGGUUGACCGCGUUGGUCGUCGUCGCGCCGCUCGUGCCGUAAAGGUGGAGCGCGGCAUCGUUGGUGCCGACCUUUCCUACAUUCAGGAGGUGCGGGCCAAGACGAAGAAGGUUGACCGCUCCGCUAAGGGCAAGGCUGUGCGCGCGGAGAUGGCCGAGCGCAAGGCCGCAAAGAAGUGA